UACUUCAAAAUGGAAUUUUUGGAACAAUCAUCAAUUCCGAUGCACUAUCCGACGGGAUGUGUCACUCGGAGGAAUUGGGAAUUGAGAUUUCGAUGGAGUGUGACAUUACGAACAUAAAAAUCAACAUAGUUUCAGGUCUUUUAGCUGAAUGCAUGUAUAUCAAUAAUGACACGUUAUUUUGCCAAACUGCGGAAUCGGUGCAAUAUCACCACAAUAGCAGUGGAGUUUUGACAAUUACUACUCCAUUUAACCACACGAUCUAUGCUGGUAACACACUGUGGGUGAACACUACCUGUUUUAACAGCAGCAGCGUCCAUGAAAAUAUUCUUCUUAAGCCUUGUCUUUCUGGGUUUCAUACAAUGGCAUACCAUAACAACACGCAUGUUACAAUUUCCUGUGAGCAUACGUCAUUCAGGUUUUCCAACCAUGGUAUACGCAUUGUUGGCGAAAACGAUUUGGCACACUGCAGCUGGAAUAAAGGAAAUCAAACGAACAAUUGUCACGGAGAUGCUGAAGCUCUUGCCAAUGGCGUAAAGUACACUUCACUAUAUACCCGAGGAAUGAACAUAACAUGUAAAUUCGACGGACAGUCAGUAGAUAUUGCUCCUCAACAACAAACAACAAUGCAAACAACGAAUAUGACACCCAGCACCACCAAAACACCACUGAGUUCAACUUCAUCGCAGAGUCAUGAGAACGGAUCCCGGAGUCCAGAUAACGGACAAACAAAAGUGAUCUGCCCCGUUUCGAUUAUCUCUAUUUUGUGUAUCUUGUAUUUCAUUCACAGAGAUAUAUUUAUCUGAGAACAGCCGAAUCAAAAGGAAGGA